CGGACACACACCGUCCGACAGCCGGUGGACGAGCGCAGUUUGUUUUGACCGAACCCAGAGGUUCUUGGGGCGAAGUAAAGAAAAAGCAAAACGAAGAUAGAGACGAUCUUGGAUUAAAUCCUAGACCACUCAUUUUUUAAAGCUGUGAGUAGUUUAUCGGCGCCAAUAUAAGGAGCCCGGACGGGUUUGUGAGCUGGUUGUUCCUCAAAUAAGCAUCGCCGUCAGGGUACCUGUCAGAGGAGGACAGUGACGGAUAUUGUCGCCGACAAUGACCGUGGAGGAUGAACUGACGACAGCCGCAGCGAAGGGACACACGGCAGAGGUGGAGGCUCUGCUGCUGCAAGGGGCUCCUGUUAACGGGGUGAAUAGUUUUGGACGAAGAGCAAUACAGGUGAUGAUGAUGGGCAGCUCGGAGGUGGCUCGGCUCUUACUGACGCGCGGAGCGGAUCCAAACGUUACGGACAAAAGCACCGGCGCGACCCCGCUGCAUGACGCGGCCCGAACGGGCUUCCUGGACACGGUGCAGCUUCUGGUGAAAGCCGGGGCCGACCCGCAGGCCCGGGACAAGGACAACUGUCUCCCGAUUGAUUUGGCCAGACAGAACGGUCACACGGAUGUUGUUGCUGUCCUGGAGACUCUAUAACUAUGUGGCUGUCUUCAUAUGAAACAUUAUUUAAUUCAGUUGGUUCUGAUUGAGAACCGUGAAUAAGGCCCGAAAGGGCCCUAAUUUAUAUUUAUUUGUUUAUUAUUGAACGAAAUGCUUAUAAUAUAGUAGGGUACAACAGGACUUUUAAUGGUCUACUUUUAGAAAUCGGCUUAGGAUUAGAAAUAUUAUUAAAUAACCGCGUUUGGUAAAUGUUCAUACAAUGUUUUUUUGUUUGUUUUUUACUGUUCUUCUGAAAUAUGAAUAUUUUUGCUUAAACUUUUUUUUAAUGAAGAAUUUCUUGAAAGCUAAUUUAGAAGCCAUAACUUGUUGCACAUAUUUGUUUUAUGCACUAUUAUGAAACCAAUACACUGAGAUAUUAUGUCUUUGUAUAAUUGUUUGCACUUUAAUUUAAAAAAGUUAUGGGGAUAGCCUAUAUGAGUUUGAAACACUGUAGGCGAAAGUAAGCAUGCUUCAGGCUGUCAUAAAGGUGAAUUACUGCUUUACACCCAAAUGAAAUAAAGAAAUGACUUAAGGAUAUUCAUUACACUGGGGAGUUUUGAACAUUGUAGUGCAAUUAAAACAUUUGAAACAUA